UGAAAACAAAAUUUCCUCUACAAACGGCUGCUCUGUGUAAUCAUUUGCCCCUACUACCAAUUCUGAUAUUCCUCUUUCUCUCUCUCCCUCUUUACCAUCCAAAGUCGCUGCCUUGCUUGCUGGUAUAAAUAGAGAGGUGCUCUGUUUACAAAACUCACACAACUCCAUAACUCCUACUCAUCUUCCUCCUUUGAAACGUCAAUACCUAUAUCGUUCUUUGCACUUCCGACCAAAACUUCUUAGUAAACAAUGGCUUCUCGUAUCAAUUCCCUGAACAAGCUCCCCCCUUGCUGCUUACUCAUAACAUCAGCAUUCCUAUUUCUGGUUUUCUCGUCACUUGUCCUAGCCGUUGACAACAAAGCUUCAAUCUUUCCACCGUCCGCAGCUUCACCAGCAGCCCGUACCAGGAAGGUUCUGCUUGCUGCAGUGAAGGGCUCUAAUAAAGGUUUCAUCUUUGCCGCUGGGGGAGCUAAGGCUGGGGAUCAUCAGGAAGAGUUGAGAUCAGUUCCAUCAGGACCAGACCCUUUGCACCAUAACGGUGGUAGCCCCAAGAAGCCCAGACCUUCUUCCCCUUGAUCUUUGUUCAUGUAAAGCAGGAGGCUUUUGUCGUUAGCUAACUAGCAACAUCUUCAGAUUAUGCUUAUUCCAUUCAGUACAUGCAAGGCCCUGCUUUGCACUGUGUUCCAUGCAACUACGUGCCCUUCCUCUGUUUUCCUCCCUCCCCUGUUUUGGGCUAAUUUUGUAGUAGCAAGCUUUCUGCUGUUACCUCUGUUGGCACUGCAGACGUAAGAAAUGGUGUAUAUUAAU